AGCUCCUUCGUGGCUUGGUAUAGCCGGCCAGUUGCAGAUGCAAUAGGGAGAACUCGUAUAUGGCCGCAUGAUCAUCUCUGACAUACGCACGAAACAUCCGUAUUAUGGGUAAGAGAAGUAGAUCUAGUCGGUUUCCGGCAAUAUCUAUGCUGGAGUAAGAUCGGUCUUGCAUUCCUACUGGCUUGGUUGCAUGUAACAAGAGGCUUGGGAGCAUCAGCGCCAACCAUGGACGAUUUUCCGCCUUGUUCGCGGUGCGGAGAUCUUGUGUUACCAUAGUACGGCUCGAGGUUGGUUUCGAUUUUGCACUCUUUCUUUGAUGUAGGGGUGCUCUGUCUUGUCUUCCUGUAUACCACUCUUUUUCUCAAAAAUGUCAGAAGCAGCAUACCAUCUCAUCUCCUCCCAUGAGAAACGUCACACGACCAGGCGAUCUAGGAUCCUCACCACAUUUACAUCGUCAGCUACUCUUCUUACUGCAGUUUCUUUCGCCUUCGUAUAUCUGACUGCCAUCUUUUACACCCGCUCUAUUGCCUACCGAGACCCGACAUCAGCGUUCUUCGACCCUCAUCGUGGAUAUAUACCCUCGUACUCUGCAGUGCGACAAGAUCAGGCCGAAGCCUUCAUUUUCGCUUCUAAGACAGACUUGACAAGAACAAGACCGAAGGAACAGACGCAUCAAAAAAAGUUCUGUGUGGGUAUACCCUCGGUCGCAAGGAAUGGAACAACAUACCUACGAUCCGCAGUGGGGUCGCUACUAGAUGGUCUAUCAGAGCAAGAACGUAAUGACAUACAUCUGGUGGUCUUUAUCGCCCAGAUAGACCCUUCCGUACACUUCGCUUUCAAGGAGAACUGGCUUCACAAUCUUACGGAUGAAGUACUGUUAUACGAUUUACCGAAGAAAGAAAUGGAGCAUGUCAUUGAACUGGAACAGACUGGUAACUCAAGAGAAAAAGGACUCUACGAUUACACCUAUCUGCUCAAAACUUGCUACGCGCAAGGCGCCGACCACAUCGCAAUGUUCGAAGACGAUACCGUGGCAUUGGACGGCUGGUACCAUCGCACCAUCAAUGGACUAGACAUAGCAGAAAAGCAAACAGCAUUGCGAAAGGCUUCCCUAGACUUCCUCUACCUACGCCUCUUCUACACCGAAGAAUUCCUCGGCUGGAACAGCGAAGAGUGGAAAACCUAUCUCUUCUGGUCUUCAAUUGUCACAGCAGCUGUAGCCACAUCUCUCGCAUCAAUCCGCUUGAUCUCCCGCACAGCAAAGAAGGCAAUGACGCCGAAGUUGUUAGUAGCGGUGUUCGCUAUAUACCUACCCCUCAGCAUCCUUCUCUUCUUCGCCGCCGGUCGAGUGACAGUGCUCCCUCUCCCGAAUGGCGUCAACGAGAUGCCUCGCUAUGGCUGCUGCAGCCAAGGCCUUGUUUUCCCACGAGACUCUGCAAAACUCAUCAUCGACUUUUUCGAGGAGAGAACGUUGGGUUAUGUGGAUAUGUUGAUAGAGGAAUAUGCGGACGCUCAUGCAAGUACAAGGUGGGCGUUGACGCCGAGCGUAAUACAACAUGUUGGCAGGAAGAGCUCAAAGGGUGACGAUUACGGUGAAGCGUCAAAAUACAAGAUGACUGUUGCGGAAACAUUGUGGAAUUUUGGUUUCGAGGAGAACGAUGUUGGUGAGUUGAGGAGGGAGCAUCUGGAUGCUAUUGGAAGACAUAGCUCUUGAUCUAUACAUGACGAAGUUUUUUUUUCUGACACAUGUUUAGUUCAUUGGUGAACUGAAUCGUGAGCCAUCAAUGGUUGUGGGUAGAUGGAAUGGUGGGGAGAAAAGCUGAGCCGAAG